AUGGGGGUCAACCUGGCCACUGGGAUUGAGGCUGUGUGGCACAAUGAGAGCCACCUGAACAGGUACUUGCUGGACCAUAAGCCCAUUAAGAAAUGGGCAAGGUGUGAUGCACUUAAGAUAGAGAAAUACCCUGAUGUAAAUUUAUCUGUUUCUCAUAGGAGUCCAGAGGAAAUGCAAGGGUGGAUAAACAAAAUUAAUUGUGUUGCAGCUGUAUUUUCUGCACCACCAUUUCCAGCUGCCAUUGGAUCUCAGAAAAAGUUUAGUCGUCCACUUCUGCCUGCAACUACAACAAAAUUGUCUCAGGAGGAACAGCUGAAAUCUCAUGAAAGCAAGCUGAAGCAGAUUACCACUGAGCUCGCUGAGCACCGCUCUUAUCCCCCAGACAAGAAAGUUAAAGCCAAGGAGAUAGAUGAAUACAGACUGAAAGAUCACUAUCUGGAGUUUGAGAAAACCCGUUAUGAAACUUAUGUCAGCAUUCUAAAAGAAGGAGGCAAGGAGCUCCUGAGUAACAAUGAAAGUGAGGCUGCAGGACUGAAGAAGUCACAUUCAAGUCCUUCAUUGAACCCGGAUUCAUCCCCAGUAACAGCCAAGGUCAAGCGUAAUGUGUCAGAGAGGAAAGAUCACCGACCUGAAACACCAAGCAUUAAGCAAAAAGUCACUUAGAAUCCAUCUGUGACCAGGAAGUACUGGUCAUGGAGCAAAAUAGAGUUUUUCAAGAUCUUUCUGGUAAACCCGUGAAUAUAUUUUUAAACAGUCUGUGACUAAAUGGUGCAUUAGUAACCUUUUCUAUUGUAUAGUUUUGUUAGUUUCUGUACUGAUUGUCUCUUUGCUCUUAAUUUCUUUGCUUUGAUGAUUUUUUUGCUACUUGAUGACUAAUGCACCUUUUUCGUGAGGGGGAAAGGAUUGUGAUUUCAGAAUGAAUUGCGUGUCACUUUUCCUUUGUUUUUUUUUUCUUGUUUGCCCUCUUCUCAGUUGUUUUAUGUAUUCUCAAAUCAGCUGUUACACUUUUUUAAGGUUAAAAAAUUUAAUUCAUUGUGAAACAUUUAACUGGACAAACUUGGUAGUUUAGCAAAUUCUAGCCAGAGUUAAUACAAGCCUUUAUAUGUGAAAUCUUGCUCAGUCACAGAGGUGAAAUUGAGCACUCACAGAAAUUCAGUUAAGAAUAACAAUUCUGGGAAUCAAGAUGUUCUACUGUGAUGCAGGUGUGCAUACAUCUUUGCACUUACUGUUGAGUUCUGACCCUGCUGGAAGCAGGGAUAGGAGGUGUGAAGAUCGGAGGACUGGAGAACUUAAGAAGUGCAUUAGCUUCCUUGAAGUGUUGAUUUCAUUUCAGCCAAAGAAGGAAAGAGGAAGUGGAAUCUUUUGCCAUUGAAGGUUGUGGAAAGACAACACCAAGUUUAUUUUGUUUCGUAAAGGGCAGUGGCAAUAAUCGACUCUUGAGAAGCUGUAGCAGUAGGCAUGUGGUCGGUGUGCAGGAAAUUGUUACCUCACUCCCAGGGUCUAGACUAGGAAUCCAGAAUCAUCUCUAUCAUCAAUACCCUGCCAUUCAGGAAUUAGGUUAUUUCAGACAUUUUGUUAUCUCCUGUUUGUAAAAUAUUGGGGUCUUCCUAACAAAAUAAUGUUGAAAAUGGAACCUCUUCUGUUCUUUUUUAAAUCAAAACAAAGUAAGACAGGAAAAAGCUGCGGUUCAGCAAUGCAAUGAUUCUUUAAAAUAAAUCUGAAAGUAAUAAAUUGAAUGAAUUGUGGUUGGAAAACAGGAAUCUACUGGUUGCAGAUGCAAGGUUACUUAUUUUAUUCUGAUCUCAGUCUUUUUGAUAGCCAAUUCACUCUGCUACUACUGAACUUUCUCCUAAAAAUAAGUACUUUAUUUUAAAUCAUUAUUUUCUACCUAUUCAAAAUAGUUCUGUUAACCUUACAGUAAUGAGUUUGUUCCAGUGAUGGUCCCUUUGCAAUUUAGGAUGAUAAACAGCACAUUCUCUUGUAGAGGAAGAAAAAGUGAAAAAUGAGCCCUCUAUGAGUUAGAACUUUGAUUUUGAAAUCUUGAAACUUUGUGAUCCUGAAAGCUAUACUCUCCAUGAUUUCAGAACUAAUGGAAUCACUUUGAAUACUCUUUUUCCCUCCCAUACAUAUUUGCUCUAGUUAUUAGUUAAAGGUACUAUGACCAAAGAAUCAGGGACUCUGCAUGAAUAUCAUGGUUCUGGUGAAUUAGAGAAAACCUGCUAUUAAACCAUGGUGGUUUCUGGUGGCAUAUUGUUCUGAUGUACCAGCAUUUAAUCACAAGAUUAUUUAUUAACAUUUAUUUCCUUUACCUAUAUAAAUGCCCAUAUUUGCUAGUGCCCAGAAAAGAGAAACCCCACGCUAUGGUUGUAGCUGCUUGCUUUGUGAUAAGUAUUUUGCCACACCUUUGAAGAAUUCACUCUAACCCUGUUGUGUUUACAUAAAGGCAAUGACUAAAUUUAUGUUCCAAAACCAUAAAACAAACAGGGUAGUUACCAAUAUGGCCCUGUGUACCUGAUUCAUUUUUGUAGCUUCUGACCAAAUCCAAGAUUUCCAUGAGGGAAUCAUCUUUCUUCCUCAAAUCUGAACAAUUAGCCUGUUUGUUUUCUGCCUAGAUAUUCAUACCAAGCAGAGAGAAAUACCUAGACUAUAUCAUUUCUGAGCUUCAGUAACUAAAGAAAAAUAAACAUCCCUGAUUGGCUUGAAUGUGUUUGUCCACAGUGUGACUGUGUCUGUGUAUAUAGAAUGUCUCUGUGUAUUUUACUUACAGUAUAUAAUAGACAUGAAAUGGUACCUUGCUGCAGUGUUUCUGACAUUUAGAGUAGUUCUGAAAUGCUUAGUUAGCAUCAGCACCACUACAGCAUUAUUCCUAUUAUAUGAUUCUCUAAUGUUAGCUACAGGAACUUCUGUAUAUGCUAAUAGAUAGAUAAAUGGAUGAGAAGGACACUUUGAAGCUGCUGUAUACUAUGUUUGCAUAGUUUCUCUUUAAAAACAACCGCAAAAGGUUUUUCUGUCAGUCAGGAUCCCAGAUUGCCCUGGCAUGAUGUUGCCCAUCUGCAGGGGAUGGGUUGAGAAUACCUCUGCCCUAUCUAUUGUCAGUGCAUCUAGCAGGCCAAGAGUGUUUCCAAUAGGAGGAAACGGCCCCGGAUUUGACUAGAUUCGGAGUCUUCCCAUAGCCAACCACAUUUUCCUUCGUGAUAAUUUCUUUCCUGUGGUAUCUAGUCAGAAGAAAUUGAAGACAUUUCCUUUCACAGCUAUUCCAAGCAUGCUGCCUAGUUCACAGUACAGGGGGCCUCUCCUCCUCCUUUCCUUCUGAAGGUACUCCCGCUUUUCCCAUCCCCACUCCUCACCAUACCUCAGCACCAGGAGCCUUGGGAUUUCUCUCCAUGUGAUAAAUCAUUAUUCUCCUUCACAUAAAUACACUUAGUAUUAUUUUUUGUACAGAAAAUCUUUAUAGCCAUCAAAACACCUUGGUGAUAGUCUUAUUGCAAAAUUGACCAUAGAAGUGGCCCAUGUAUAAAAUCUUUAAGUGUUUUCGGGGUUUGUUCCCCCACCUCGCAUGUUGACUUUUACAAGAGGUGUCAGAAAUCCAUUGUUAGCAAUCAGACUUAACUACUAGCAUGCAGAGUCCUCAUUUUAUUGCCAGGCUAUAGCCAUUGUUUGAAGUGCGCUUUUUAGAAACAUUUUGGUAACUCUUAGCAAUGCCUAAUUAAACCAAGCAAUACUUCCAUGUAUUUUAAUUAAUCAUAAGUAAAACCAAUGUGUAGGAGAGUCCUGUGGUGGAACUGUAGUGCCUAUCGAUCUUAGUUAAAGAAGGUAGAAAGCAACUGUGCAAGACCCUCUAGGCUUCUCUGUUAUCCUAAUUCAGAAGAUGAGGACUGUGUCCUAGUCAGGAGUGACAUGAGGGACUUAAUUCUGGAAGAGCAAAAUUGGCUGGCUUUCCAAGGCCAAGCUAGAGGUGGGCUCUUGAGUUUGUAUAUCACCCUGUGGCCAAACCACAGAACUUCUGAGGCUGCAGAAGAAUUUAUAUAACCAGCAGUGAAGGAGCAUUUUCUGCUGGCCCUGGCCUGCUACUCCUUCUGAUAUAAAGAGCUUGAAAAGCUGUUCUUAGGUAAGGCAGGGCCUGAUUUGGUAUGAGCUUUAACUCUUCUCUGCCUUUAUCCCUAAUUGUAGACAAUGGGAAGAAACUUGACCUUUUAGAAGUUUCUCUAUUGUCUUACUAGCAAGACUUUCUUGAGUAUAGUUAGUUGUCAUUGGAUUUUGAAUUCCUUUGGCAUCUUUCCUUGUAGUCAUCAGUUAGUCUUUUUUAAGCCAGAAUUCACAGGGAGUUUCAGAGCCUUGUAGGUCCAAAUUUCUGUACCUUAGCUCAUGGACCUGGUCAAGUUUUCAGCACGUUGGUAGCUACCUUCCUUAAUUUCAGCAGCGAACAAUCUCUUCACUUUUCAAAUGACAGUUUUUUCCGAUUGUAACAUUAACACUGUUAAACAAAGAACCAAAGUGGCAUCUUAGGACUUAUUAAAAGUAGAGUUUAGUUAAUGAAUAAUAGUGUGAGUUUGGGUUUAAAUAGCAUCUGCUUUUCUCAGCAUCUAAGUUACUCUGACAAAAAAAGAUCAAUCAGCUUUGUAGGCAGAUGAGUCUCUGGGUCUACCUUGCUGCAAAGCUUUCUGGCCGUCUCUUCUCCCAGGCCAGGUCAGGCCACUAGUCGGCCUCGGGUCAACAGAUCUCCAUCAGCCUUUUGACAUCUUACACUAUCAAGUCACAUAGAGGACUUUACAAGUCAGUAGUUCACCACAAAAUAAUUCCAACAAGUGAUAGGGAGGUGCUUUGUCAUUGCUUCUCCUCUCAGAUUCCUUUUCAGUGUCUCACUGUUAAAAGGGGAUCUAAAGUCCAAAGCCAUUGCCAUUCUCCUUUUGUACCUAUAGUAUCCAAAACCCAAGUGGGCAGCAUUCUGCUUAGGACAAUAACACCCAUUGCAUGCAAAGAGAAUAUCUUCAUAGAGAGAAUGUCAGUAAAUACUUGAAUCUGCAUGAUAGUUUGUUGACUUGAAUGCAACAGCAAGAAAAUAUUGCAAGUUAAGUAAUUGUAUAUACAGUUUCCUUCAAUCUCCGUGGCUCAUUCUUUGUAAUUUAUGUGUGUAUUUGUGGUGUUGCAGGCUUUUGGAGAAUAUUCAUAUAGAUAGUAUGUCAGACAUCAAAGAAAAUGCUUUCUGUCACUUGCCAAUGUUGUAUUGUGGGUAUUUAUAGUUGUAUGUAUGUAUGUGUAUAUGUAUCAAUGUGUAGACUGUAUAUCAGUAUAUGGUAUAUGUAUAUCAAAUUUAUUUUUAUCUUUAAUAACCAGUGUGAUAUGAAAAGCAAGUAAAAACCUCAUAGGGUUGAUUAUAUAAUACAGUUAUUGAGAGUAUAUAUAGUGGUACUGUUUUAUUAAACUUAAAUUAAAAUGAUAUUUUGAUUAGAUUUUUAAUAAGAUUUUAUGUUAGAAAAUUCCAUCUUUGAUCUUUGAAUCACCAGGGCAAAAAUGACUCUGAACUAACUUUGUGAAACUAUUUCAGUGUACUGUGUACGAUACUAAAGGGAUAGCUCAUUAUAAUUUGAGAUAUACAGAAAGAAAAAAAAAACAGGCAUCCUAUGCAGUCUUAACAACUUCAGUAUUCUGAGCACUUAACCAUAAAAUCAAACUGACAAUUUUGGGCUUAUUACAAAAUGUGAUGCUUUAAAGCACACGUUCUUUAUUGUUGUAAUUAGUCCAGAAAAAUAGAGCUUUCAGAAGAAUUAAAUAAGUGCCCACUAUAUCAUUUUUGUGCCUGUGUCUAUUCUACAGUAGAUCAAACCACUCUUCUAGCACCACCUCCUUACCCUCUUUACUUUAAAGAAAUAUUACAAUGUUAAAGUAUAUCAGGGCUUCCCAAGAUCAGGUACUAUAUUCUAGGUUUGCAGUUUUACAAAUUAGCAUCUAGUGUCACAAGUAAAAGAAUUUUAGGGCAGACUAUGGACCAGGCUAAAACUUUAUUUAAUAUUUUUAUACUUAGGUCUCUUCCUGCCUCUCCCCAAAGAAGAGCCACUGGCCUUAGUUGUUUGAGCUUACUGCUUAUCUUACAGUGUGUAAAUAGAUAAUUAGAGAUUAAAUGUAUAUUAACCAGCAUGUUUGGUGUAUUUAAAGCAGCAACUGAGUAUGUUUGAGUGAGUGGUUGAGUGCAGUAUAUUUUUAAACAUACUGUCUCCUAUUCUUUGUAUCUGAUUCAGAGAAUUGGAGUUGUGGGGUGGGAGACUAAUCUUCGGCUCCAGUCUGUAGUAGUGUGUUGGUGGUUACAUUGGAGUUUUUUAGUAAUUCUACAGUCUCAAACUAUUUUUGCAAAUAUAUCAUAUUUCCUAAUUUGUUCUUGACGUGCAGUGAACUGGCUCUGUGACUGAUCAGCAGGGUCUUUGUUCUGCAAGAGUGUGUUUCUUUCUAAAAAUUACAGUGAUUUGCAAAAGCAUCCAUUUGAUUCAGAAAGUAUAUACAAAAGGAGUAGCAAAAAUAAAGUUUCAUUUUGGGCCUUAAUCAUUUGAAAUGUUUGGACUUUUAAUAUAAAGCCAUGUAGGUUAUAAAGCCAAGUAACCAUUUGGCAUGGAUAAUAAUAUCCACUGUAUAGAGAAUAUAUAUGCACAUUGAUUUUUAAUGCCAUUAGGAUACUUUUUUAAGCUAUAGGAAUGAGACUAAUUAGACCAAAUUGAAGUCAGGGGGCUUGGUAGGGGAAGUGUAUGAGCUGGUUGCCUUCCAUUUAAGGUAGACAUACAUGUGGUCAGUUCUCUGCUCCUGAGAGAUUCAGAACCAGUUUACUGUCCCCUUAGGUGUGUAAGGGGUAAGUGUUACACAUCUGGGCCUCUCACAUGUGUACAUACACUUGCACACAUGUACACAUAGGGAAUGCUUUAAGUUAUAGGAACUUAAAACACAAAGGGCCAGAGUGUAGAAGAGGUGAUGAACGAAGGGAGUGGAAACUGCAUCACAGGAAUGUUUUCUAAGGGCUAGGGAGGAGUUUGAGCUCUACUGUCUGACUUUGAGAAGCAUUGGAUUUUUAACAAAUACGUGAGGGCGUACAUAUCACAAAUUGAAGGCUUUGUUAUAAUUCACAAGCAGUAGGUCUCCAACAUCCCGCAGUAGCAUAGGGACAUUCUAGAAGGCUGAUGUUCACUGUUUUCUAGGGUGGCAUUGCUGCUUGCCCUGGAGAUCAUUACUUUGAGAAAGAAACAUAAGUAGAGAAGCAACAAAGCAUUUACCAUAGAAGCAUUGAUGUGAAUUGUACACACUCCCUUUUGAGCUGUACUGUUGAGAAAGCUCUGAAGUAUGCUGAACAGUUAAGCAAUGACAGUGAAGAUGGAGAUGAAAAGAAACCUAGCUAAAAUAUAUUUCCCUUUGCAGGGUAAAGAGCUAAACUCUCACUAAUAGUGUUAUAAAAAGCACCUUCACUUCAAUUCCUGAAAAUGUUGGUUAGUGGAGAGAAAUUUGAGGUUUCACUUACCAUUUCCCUGUGAUAAGACUUUAGACACUUUAGAUAAGACUUUAGAUACUCCCAGGAGAGUCCUAUUCGGAAAGCUUAGUUAAGGACAGUACUGUAGGUCUGAGCUCCUUGUUCUGACCCCUGAAUACUGGGGCACUACAGAGGGUGAUAAUGUAUUCUCUCUGCAAAGAGGAGCUUCUCUUCUGGCCUUGCACUCCACUAGGGCUUCUACUGAGCAGCAAGCACAUCCUGGAUUUCAGUGCUAGUUCCCCAGCUUUAGGAACCCAGCUGUUGGAACAGGUUGACCCUGCUGAGGAAAGAUACCAACUCAGAGUGACUGAGUCACUGGGGGUGACACAUGACAAAGGUGUUUUAAAAAUUGUCUGAAGCCAAGACCAUAUAUUUUGCCUUUGCAAGAAACAAGCUGUCACAUUGAACUCUAACCAGGGAUGGAUGAUAUCUUUGCCUUUGCACCCAGAUUUCUGGAAAUGGAUGAUGUUUCAGUUCUGUGGGAAGGGUCAAGAAACACUAAACUUACUGCUUCACAUUUCUGCUCAGUUCAGAUGAGAGCUGUUGGGUAAAGGCCUAAAUGCCUCCCUGCAUUCUCUUCUACCUCAGGUUUUAGGAGCCCAUUUCUAGAACAAAAAUUUAUACAAGUGGAGAACCAGUACUGUCAGCCUUGAUUACUGUAGGACAGGUAGAAGGGUGGUAUUAUGUAUCCUUUAAUAUAGAACAAGCUUCUAACUUUUCCAGCCUAGUAACUGGGUUAUAUUUACUGUGACUCAAACUAAUUGGCAGUGUGGAACAUUCCUUUACCUUCAAAGUUAAUCUCCACCAAUCAUGGCAGUUUCAUUGCAGUCCUGGUGCCAUAUCUCCCUGCAAAUUGUGAAAGUAAUUAGUGACAAAAUAGCAGCCUACUCCUUUUCAGUGGCCAAACUGUCAGCAUUAGCAGACUUAGGUAAGCUAGUGGGACUGAAUUAUGUACUGGAAACCUGUUCCUCAUUAUCACCCACCAGAUUGAAGAAAUGCCAUCUCCUAGAAAAUUAUGGCAUUUGUGGUGGUCAUCUUUUUAAUGGAACAGUAAUUUAUGUGGAUAUUGUUAAAGUGUUUAGAGAACAUUUUGAAAAUUAAGUUUACAUUUUACAAUUGCUUUAUUUUUAUUAAAAUAGUUGUAUAUAAAUAUUACCCCAUUUCACUGUUGUUGAAGUAAACCUAAAUCAUGUAGACAAGUGAGUCCCCUGAUAUGUAUAGAAACUGUGACAUAUAUAUAGUACUUUUCUCUAUUGUGUAAAUGUUUAUGAAUAUAACUGUUCCUGUGUUUUUAUAAGUUGGGGAUAAUUUGUUGUUUUACAACAACAAAAUCUAUUGGAUUUAAGUGGUUUUUAUGUAACAGAAAUCAUGCAAAAUAGCGAAGGAUUUAAAAUAUGUACAUGAUAUAUGUAAAUGUACAAACUUUAGAAAGAAAUAAAUUAACAAAUUUCAAUCAUUUAGGGGAAUAUUUUUAUUUGCUUAUUUAAGCAACUGUAUAAUACCUUUAAAAAUCAAAACAACACAAUACACCCCCUUGCAUUAAAAAGAUAGCCACAAGCCCCACAGUGAGAGAUUUGGCCAGGGUAAUUGAUUAAGGUGUUAAGAAAGUCAAAUCCUUAGCUCUUACUCACCUCCAUUAACUUCUGUAAAAACUUGUGUUUGCACAAAGAGGUUGAUGAGACUUAGGAGGCCUGUCUUCAUCAGGAGGCUUUGAGCAGGGAAAGAACAAAAGUUUUGAAGUAAUCUCAAAAAUUCAUUUGCAUUUCCAUACUCCUAACACUUUUUAUCAAGGUAAGGGGACUGAAGAGUUAAUUAUUGCCCUAAAAUGCAAACGCUGAUCACUGCUUUAUGGUGCCUAGUGUAUACAUUUGUGUUCUCAUAACCAAACUUAAUGUUAAAAAUAACAUCUGUUGAUUUGGAAAAAGAAAAAAUAAAAUUCCACCCUAAUCACCUAACUUCUGAAUAUUUGAGAAAAUGUUUUAUGUUUGGGGAUUUGGGCUUUUUGAAGCAAGAUAGCUGAUAAAUGAAUGAAACUGAUGCCUGGCAAAGAUGAAAACUGUUAUGUGUAAAUCUCAGAGAAAUAAAUAGCUUGGGGUGGGGAAAAAGGGGGAAAUAGGUCCUUUGGCACCCCUUGGCUUCCACUAAAAUUCCCUGUGUGGCUCUCAAACACGAAUCCUCUUAGAUAAAUAUUGAAUCAUAUUGUACACCUGAAACUAAUAAAAUGUUAUAAUGUCAAUUAUAUCUCAAUUUAAAAAAGAAACAAACAUGAAUCCUCAUUGCCCAGUUGUCUGUCCUCCGGAGCUAGGAGUUUUAUAUAUCUUGUCGUAUUCCGUUUGUUGCACAAAUUAAUAUUAAAAGAUGAAACACUCAUGAGAAGAAGCUAAAACCCAGGGCAAAUUAAGAUAUAAUGAAAAAACUAUCAACUCUAAAUAAUGUCUCACCUCUACAUUAAUACUAUUCCACAGUACUGUGAGAUUUACCAAUGAGACUGCUGAAUCACCCAAUUUUUACUGAAAAAUUAUAAGCCGUAUUGAAAAUAUUGGAGACAGGCAUAUAUUUUCCUAAUAUUAGAAAAGAGUGUAAGUUCUGGAUGCUGCAGACUAGUGAGUUUGAUAUUAAUUCUAGGCAUAGUUACAGAGUGAAUGAUAAGAAUGCAACAAAUAUUACAAGCCAGCAUGGAUUCUCAAGAACAAACUAUUUCAGACUACAUGUAUUUCCUAUUUUGUAAGAUUAAGUAGAUUAGAAAAAUAUCUGAGCCCUAAAAAAGAAUUUAAUGUGGUCUUAUAUACAUUUGGGCAAAAUGGUGAAAUAUCAACGUUAUACAAUUAGUAGGUGUGUAAUCACUUGAUUGGUGCUAAUUAAAGGAUACCUAUCAACCUGGAAGAGCAUGUUUAGUGUCCAGCUGCAAAGCUUGCCUUUUGGCUCCAUCUGUCCAACAUUUCAAUUAAUAACUUGACUAAAACUACAAAAAAUGUGUUUAUUAAAAAUGUACAUGUCAUAAAGCUGGGAAAGAAUGAUUUUACUAAAGGACAGGAUCAAAAUUUGAAAAAAAAAUCUCACCAGGCAGGGAAAUGGGACAAAUUAACAAUGUGAAGUGUUGAAGUGUAAGAUUUUACACUUUGGUUAUUAAAAAAAAAAAAAAAAGUUU